GACGUAGGAGUUGGGAUGGCAUCCUGAAUGUGGUACUCCAAGAUGAAGCUCUAUUUGUUUUUUUAUCUUGCUUAAAUAUAAAAGUCUCUGUGAGCUGCUGGCAUUAUGAAUGAAGGAAAUGAGAGCGUUUGUUUGAACAGGUCACUAACUGAGAUGGACUGCUUCAGCAACCUGGAGGACAUCGACGUGACAGCUGACGGAAGCCCGAUUCUGAGAUACCUCAUCUGCCUUGUUUAUUCUGUAGUCUGCGCUGCGGGUCUAGUGGGCAACCUGCUGGUCCUCUUCUUCAUCAGGGUCAAACAAGAGAGGAAGACGUCCAGGGUGAACUUCUUUGUUCUCAACUUGGCAGUGACUGACCUGCAGUUCGUGCUGACUCUGCCCUUCUGGGCGGUGGACACCGCGCUGGACUUCAGCUGGCCGUUUGGAGACGCCAUGUGCAAAAUUGUCCUCUCUGUCACCGUGAUGAACAUGUACGCCAGCGUCUUUUUUCUCACUGCCAUGAGUGUGACCCGCUACUGCUCAGUCGCCUCGUCUCUGAACAAUAGAACCGUGCAGAGGUCCUGUUCCACCAAAUGGAUCUGCGCAAUUAUUUGGACACUGGCGACUCUAGCGACUGCGCCGACGUCGAUUUUCUCAACUGUGAGCAACGUAACCGGAGAAAAACUCUGUUUGCUGAGAUUUCCCGGUGGACAGUACUGGUUAGCAGUUUAUCACAUACAGAAAAUACUUGUAGGUUUUGUAUUUCCAAUGUCCGUCGUGUCCAUCAGCUACAUCAUGCUGCUGCGUUUCAUCCGUGUUCGGAGUAUGAAAACAAGCAACCCCAAACGGAGAUCUCAAGUUACCAAAUCUAUCACCAUCGUUGUGUUGUCCUUCUUCUUGUGCUGGAUGCCAAACCAUGCCAUCACCCUGUGGAGUGUGCUGGUCAAACUGAACGUUGCAAACUGGGACAAAGCCUACUAUAUAGUACACACAUAUGCGUUCCCACUGACCGUCUGUCUGGCGCACACCAACAGCUGCCUGAACCCGAUUAUUUACUGCCUCAUGAGGAAGGAGUUCAGGAACAAACUGAGAGGUCUGAUACACAGAGGAUAGUGUUUCGGGAGCUUUAUGAAUAAGUUGACAGAGCGCGAAACGUGUUAACAAACAUUAUCCAAGACGCACUGGGUGCGCGCGGCAAAAAAGACAUGGAGUAAGAGAUGAGAGCUGUCAGGAAGCCCUGCGAAGACGAGCAACAUCACGCCAAGAAUUCUGCGUUUGGAAAAUGUAACUUUCAUCUGCACUUCUUGUCUUUAAAAGCUUGCAUAAUGUGGCUGUUUUCUAUAGAGAAACCAUUGCAACUAGUUUAGGACUAUAUCCAUAGGAAUUGCUUAUUUUGUGUGAAAAUAUUACACUUGUCAACAUUGUGGUAAUGUUUGUUAAAAAUGAUUAAUCACAUAUAUCAUAUAUGUGGUGUGCAGUCUAAAUGACUGUGCAUUGCGCAUGACAAUUAACCACGCAUUAGUGUGCUGGUGUAGUAGUAGCUGAGCGCUUUUUACAUACAUCUGUGAAUAUCUUCGUAAAUAACGUAACCAGUGUACGAUACGCCUGCUUAUAAGACAAUCAUGGAACCAGCAACCAUCACCUCAUCACUUACUGAAAAGAGGGGGAAGGUUACACGUCAUGUUUUUAAGACAUGAAAAUGUUAUUGACCACAACGUGCCAAAAUAAAAAUAGUUUGAGCACAAAAGACAACACAAUGUAUGAAUUGUGAUUGUUGGAAAUACGAAAAAAACACUGUAUCCAUUAUGUGUGAUAAUAAAGAUGUACUCAAGUUGUCA